UUCCCGGUCCUUCACCCCCCCCGGCCCGACCCCGGGGCCGGUCCCGCCCCGCCCCGCCCGCCGCCGCCGCCGCCACCACCGGAAGGGCCCGGCCGGGCCGUGCGCACCCGCCGCCGCCGCCCGCCGCGCACGGCCGCCAGCAUGAGCGAGACGGUGGUGUGCAGCGCCCGCGCCACGGUGAUGCUCUACGACGACGCCAACAAGAAGUGGGUGGCGGCGGGCAGCGGCCCCCAGGCCCCCAGCCGCGUGCAGCUGUACCGCAGCGCCGGCCCCCCCGCCUUCCGCGUCGUCGGCCGCAAGCUGCAGCCCGACCAGCAGGUCGUCAUCAACUGCGCCAUCGCCAAGGGCCUCAAGUACAACCAGGCGACGCCGAGCUUCCACCAGUGGCGCGACGCCCGCCAGGUCUGGGGGCUGAGCUUCGGCUCCCGCGAGGACGCCGCCCUCUUCGCCGCCGCCAUGCUCCAGGCCCUGGAGGCGCUGGAGGCCGGCCCCGCGCAGUCCUGGCCUGUCCCCAACGGCCCCUCCCCGGAGGAGCCGGAGCAGCAGAGGAGGCCGGUGCCGGAGGAGCCGGAGCGGCGCGUGGCCGGCGCAGGAGCCCCGGCCCUGCCCACGGGGGGGCCCCCGCCGCCCCCCGGCCCCCCGCCGCCGCCAGCCCCCCCGCCGCCCGGACCCCCCCCUGCCGCCGCUGCUGCUGCUGCCGCCGCUGGGGUCCCGCCGGCCCCCCCCUCCGGGCCCGCGGCUGCCGCCGGGGGGGCUCCCGGGGGGGGGGCUGGCUUCGCCGCUGCCAUUGCCGGUGCCAAACUCAGGAAAGUCGGCAAGGACGAGGCACCCGGCGCGGCGGCGGUGCCAGCGGCCCCCAAGGGCGACGGCGCCCGCGGGGGGGGCGGGGGGGGCCUCAUGGAGGAGAUGAGCGCCAUGCUGGCCCGACGGAGGAAAGCCACGCUGCAGGGGGACAAGCCAGCGCCAAAGAGGGACGAGGACGCCGCCAGCCAGGACGACGCGGAGCCGGCGGGCGCUAGGACCGCGGGGCAGCCCGCGGAGCCCGUCCGGAGGCCCUGGGAGAAGGCCAGCACCACGCUGCCCCGGAUGAAGUCGGCCAUGCCCGUGGCCCCCACCGAGCCCCCCGGCGCCCCUGCCGACGACUCGGAGCUGGAGCGCCUCAAACAGGAGCUGCUGGAGGAGGUGAGACGGGAGCUGCAGAAGAUGAAAGAGGAGAUCAUCGAAGCGUUCGUGGCGGAGCUGCGGAAGCGGGGGUCGCCCUAGCCCCCCCCCGGGGCCCCCCCACACUCCCGGGGCCGGCCCUGGCUGGGGGGACCGGUGCUUGUCCCCCCCCCACACCCCCCCGGGGCUGGUCCCGGCCGCGGGGCCCGCGCUGCCCCCCCCUCACACCCCCCUUCACACCCCUCGCGCCCCCGCUGCGGGGUGGGGGGGCCCCCGGGCCGGCUCCCCCCCCAGGCUGUGCCUUACUGCCCGGGGGGCAGCGCCCGCGGGGCCCCCCCUCACUGUGCCCCCCCCGGCAGCACCUGCACCCACCGCUUUGGUUGGGAACACCCCCUUUUUUGGGCUUAUUUUAUACUUUGGGGUGGGGGGGGCACCCCCAACUCGCCCCCCACCCUGGGCAGAUUCGGGGUCUUUUUUAACGCCACUGUUGGUUUUUUCACUUUUUUUUAAUUUGGGUUUUUGACGGGGGGGGGGAAUUUCGGGUCCCAUCCUCCCCCCCGCCGGCAGUCACCCCCCCACCUCGGCACGGCCCCCCCGGGGCGGGGGGGGGGGGGGGCCGGUCCCGGCGCCGCUCUCGAAUAAACCCGGCGUUUUAUACGUGA